AUGGCAGCGAACGUUGAAGACGUGAUUAUGCUGCUCGGUGACUCGCUCACCCAGGGCGGUUGGGACCCGCAGGGGUUCGCCCAGAAGUUGUCCUAUGCAUACCAGCGGAAGCUGGACGUGCUUAACCGCGGGAUGUCGGGGUAUAACAGUGAGUGGAUCAGGCCCAUCUUCGAACAGUGUUUCGCGACGCAGCACGAGCAGCACCACGUCCCCAAGGUCCGGCUGCUCACUAUCUGGCUCGGCGCGAACGACGCCGCACUACCCGGCAGCCCGCAGCAUGUCUCCCUGUCCGACUAUGCCGCCAACCUCACCGAGCUCGUGCGCAUAGUCACCUCGCCUUCCUCCCCGCGCUACUCUCCCGAUACGCGCAUCCUCCUCCUCACGCCGCCCCCCAUCAACACCCACCAGUGGGCCGUGCGUCAGGCUGCGAAGGACCCGCCGAAAGCCCUGGACCGCAAAUUUGAGGUGACGCAGGCGUAUGCGGCGAAGGUACUAGAUGUUGGGAAAGAAGUGGGUGUACCCGUGGUAGAUUUGUGGACGACGCUGUGGGACGCGUGUGGACGGAAGGAGGAACAGCUGAGUCAGUAUUUGUACGAUGGGCUGCAUUUGAACGAGCAGGGAUAUGCUAUUGCGUAUGACGAGAUCAUCAAGGCCAUCAGCGCGAACUAUCCAGAACUGCACUAUGAUAAAUUGAAGCCCGUAUUCCCUUACUGGGACCGCAUUGAUCUGCAGAAUUUACCUGCUUCGCUUGCAAAGGGAAGUGCGUUCGACGAGUAG